UUAUGAUUUUUCACAAUAUAACCCAUACAUAGCUCUAUACAUGAAAGAAGUUGUAGCACGUCGCCUCCUUCCUCUUUAUUUCCACGACGCACUUUGACCAAGUUGACGCACCGCGCGCCGUGCGUAGUUGCGUCGUGGAGGAGGCGUUGGUGCAUCGUACCACUGCUGCUGCCCCUACCUCUACCGCUGCUGCUGCUGCUGACACUGUAACCGGCUAUCCUUCACCGAGACGGGGAGCAAACCUGACACGCUGCGGAAAAACACCUCAUUUGAAGAGAGUGGAUCUGUCGGUGUAAGUCGCCCUUUUCCAGAGACUCGGCAGCAGCUUCAAAAUGAUCAAGAACGGUCAUCAUCACCACCAAGUGAACACAGCAGCCGGGAAAGACGCAGGGACGACCCCGGGCGCUGCAGCGUGCAGUCCUGAGAAGAGGAGGCGUAGAAUCCGUGUUUGGUGCGAUGGCUGCUAUGACAUGGUGCAUUACGGCCACUCAAAUCAGCUGCGACAGGCCAAAGCUAUGGGAGAUUACCUCAUUGUUGGAGUUCACACAGACAGUGAAAUUGCAAAGCACAAGGGUCCACCUGUCUUCACUCAGGCAGAAAGAUAUAAGAUGGUGCGUGCCAUAAAAUGGGUGGAUGAAGUUGUGGAAGGAGCUCCUUAUGUCACCACUCUCGAGACAUUAGACAAGUACAACUGUGACUUCUGUGUGCAUGGAGAUGAUAUAACACUGACAGUGGAUGGAAAAGAUACGUAUGAAGAGGUGAAGAAGUCAGGACGCUACAGAGAGUGUAAGAGGACUCAGGGAGUUUCAACCACAGACCUGGUUGGGCGAAUGCUCCUGAUGACCAAAGCACACCACAGCAACAUUGACAGUUCAGACUAUCAGCAGCAUACAGACAACUUUGGAAAGAAGGGUCACAGUCCUUGGACAGGAGUGUCCCAGUUCCUGCAGACCUCACAGAAGAUCAUUCAGUUUGCCUCAGGCCAGGAGCCUCAACCAGGAGACGUCAUCAUCUAUGUAGCAGGAGCCUUCGACCUCUUCCACAUUGGCCAUGUGGACUUCCUGGAAGCAGUACACAAGCUUGCAGAAAAGCCAUACAUUAUAGUGGGGUUGCACUUCGACCAGGAGGUGAAUCGUUACAAAGGGAAAAACUACCCCAUCAUGAACAUCCAUGAGAGAACGCUCAGCGUCCUGGCUUGUCGAUAUGUGUCAGAAGUUGUGAUUGGUGCACCGUUUGCAGUCACAAAAGAUUUGCUGGACCAUUUAAAGGUGGAUCUUGUUUGUCAUGGGAAGACAGAAAUAUAUCCUGACAAGGAUGGAUCUGACCCAUACGCUGAGCCGAGGAGAAAAGGAAUCCUGCGUAUGGUUGAUAGUGGGAACAGCCUCACUACAGAUGCUAUUGUGCAAAGGAUAAUCAAAAACAGGUUGCUAUUUGAGGCAAGGAAUCAGAAAAAGGAGGCCAAAGAGAUUGCUGUGAUUCAGGCCAUGAAGCGACAACAGGAAGAUAAGACUAAAGAAAGAGCCCAAGCUGUGUUGUAGGUGUCACCAACUGUGGCCUCAACUUAACACUGACAAGAUCAAUUAACGUUAACUCCUGUACAGUUAAAUGAACUAUUUUGUAAGUGUUAUGGCACUUUCUGCACAUGGUCCUGGCUAAUAACAGAAGCCUUUUAUUAAUGCCAGGUGGUCUGCUGUGGCAGCUACUUGUGGCUGUAAUAGGAUAAAUGAUAAGUCAGUACUAGGAAGAUGUCACUGCGUCUUGAAAUGUUUAUUUUAUGUCUUUGGAUAUUUCCAAAUUCCUCACGUACUUAUUUUUGCCUUCAAAAACAAAGAUUGAAUAUUAUCACGACUUCUGAGCGCAUGAGGUGUGAAAGCUGGAUAUGUUGGUUCAGGCAUUUAAUUACAAAACAAGAAAGUGAUUUGAUAUAUAAUUUCUGUGGGGUUGUUGCUGCAUUUUGCCUAGUAACAGGCUUAGCCCCACAACUAAUCAGUCUGUGUAUAUAUACUGUAUGUAUGUAAGUAUUAUAAUGUGACUGCAGGCUCUCUGCAGGUCUCUGAAACCACUACAAAACCAGGGGAGAUUUUUCCCUGCUUUUCUCUUCUAACGACCGUCAGAAGUAAGACUAUGUUAAAACUUUUACUCUUUCUGGACCUCAUGUACUGUGCAACCAUAUACUACUCCACUCUGCACUGACUGGUCUGAAGUCAUCAGAAUUGUUCUGUUUUAAUAAUAGUCUUUUUUCUUUUCUUUUUUUAACUUCAAACUGUACACUGUCGAGACCUGAAGGUCAAAAGUUUUAAUGCAAUUCUUUUUUAAACAAACGCUCCUUUGAGUAAAGAUAGUAUAGAGAAAAACUACACUUUUAACCUUUAGCUUUCUUAGCAUAAGAAGAGAAAUAUGACAAAUGCAAAGUGUUGUUGACUUGAACAUGAAGUAGACUUCAUUCUGUCACUUGAGUCCUGAAUGAUUUAACCUCUGUGUCUAUAUCAAAUGGAAUUAAAUAAUAUAUUUUU